GCGCCGCUUCCGCCGCGACUCGUGAAACUUUCCCUCGCGCAAUUUUCAGCCGCGACCGAUCCAACGAAAAACUUGUAAAUAAAUGUACUCAAGCAAUCUGUUCACAAUUUUUACUAGAUAUAUUCAAAUAAAUUAAUACUUGUAUAUUUCAAUUCUUAAUUGUAGUUCAAAUAAAGUUUUCAACUUCCAAAUUAAUACGAAAUUCAUAACUACGAAUAAGUUUUGAGGUUUAAAAAUAUUGUGAUAUAUGUAAUUAAAGUAGUGAUUAAUGUUUACUUUUUAGAUAAUUUACGUGAUAGAAGUGUUGUGAAAAAAAUAAAAUAACAUUUAAGUGAAAAUAAAUACGUUUUAGUGUUUCGUGAGCGCAGACGUGUUAGUGAAGAUAUUAAAUUUAAUAUCAAAAUAUCAGUCAAAGUUUACAGAAGUAAUUUCUAUGUGAAGGUUAAAAAAUCAGUAAGUGCGCAAUGUCAACUUUGGGAGCGGGGACAAGCGUGCUAAUCGUUCUGCAAACAUGCUGUAAAGCGGUGUCGAGCUGUGCACUCGUUGUGUAUCGUGUGUGUUAGCACAGUGAGCCAAGGAGGCCUUAGAGAAUAGAACAAAGAAACUGGCGUUAUCAACAGCCACCAUCCUGCUCCAAGUCGUGGCCUCGUCGCUCUUCGCAAUGGACACUAGUACAACGAAUUCCUCACAAGAUGACGAUGCGGACUGGGCAAGGAAUAGUUCCAUUGAUGAGUUCAAUGUUCACAAUGGAACCAAUGACACAAUCGAAACAUUGUACGAUGUGCCGACCGGUAUGAUAGUGCUGCUCUCGUUUCUGUACGGCUCGAUAUCGGUGCUGGCAGUGGUCGGCAACUUCCUAGUGAUGUGGGUCGUUGCCACUUCGAGAAGAAUGCAGAGCGUCACAAACUGCUACAUUGCAAAUCUAGCCUUAGCUGACAUAGUCAUAGGAUUAUUCGCUGUACCAUUUCAAUUCCAAGCCGCGUUGCUCCAGCGAUGGCUGCUGCCACACUUCAUGUGUCCAUUCUGUCCGUUCGUGCAAGCGCUGAGCGUCAACGUCAGUGUGUUUACGUUGACUGCCAUUGCCGUGGACAGGCAUCGGGCGAUUAUCACACCUCUCAGUGCCCACACUUCAAAGCGCAUAGCCAAAGUAAUAAUAGUAGUGAUUUGGUUCCUAGCACUAUCACUGGCAGCUCCAAUGGCUAUGUCUUGGGAAGUUAUCAUGGCUGAUGAAGUGGAUCCAGAUACGAAACAUUAUUACAAGAAGCCGUUCUGUGCUCCCACCGAGUUCGGUUCACAUUCGCUGGCUAUUUACAGAUUGUUACUAUACAUUUUCCAGUAUGUAAUCCCGUUGUGUGUGAUUACAUUUGCGUACGCGCACAUGGCCAUGAAGCUGUGGGGUGCGCGCGCGCCGGGAAACGCGCAAGAGACGCGUGACGCUAACCACAUGAGGAAUAAAAAGAAGGUGAUAAAAAUGCUGGUUCUGGUGGUAGCACUCUUUGCUUUAUGCUGGUUACCGCUACAGAGCUACCUCUUAUUGCAAUCUUUCUUCCCGUCGAUAAAUGAGUACAAGUACAUCAAUGUGCUAUUCUUUUGCUUUGACUGGUUGGCAAUGAGUAACUCUUGUUACAACCCGUUCAUCUACGCCAUUUACAAUGAAAAGUUCAAGAAAGAAUUUAAACAACGCUUCACAUUCGGAAAAAAACCAAGUAGAUUCGUAAACGAUAGCUACGAGGAUGGUCAGUCGUAUAGAACACGGAUAUUAUCGUUCCGGUCAACAAACGAGAGAAGUGGAUACUCAACCAGAAAAUCUAUAAACUUGGCACCCACUGACACUUUGAAGGUUCCUUCCAGAAACUCAUGCCACUGCAUGAGUACACAGAAUAGAGAAAAUGGAUUUAAUUUUAUGAAAACAGAAGACAUGGAAGGACAUGGAAAUAGCAGAAGGUAUUUAAAUAUACGAAUGAGCAACACAGAUAUUGGCAAAAGAAGAUUAGCAAAGAAGCUCUCGGGCAGAGAAGAAAUGCCAAUAGGCGACGAAAGAGUCAGUGAACUGUAUAUAUUCCCUAACAGUAACAUUGUAGAAUUCACAGACAUAUCAUACGAUGACAAAGUGUAAAUACGUUGAAAUUCCAUUACGUUUAGUAUUAAAUAAUCGAACAUGUGAUGUGAUAGAAAUAAUAAUAAUGUUAAACUAUGACUGUAUGAUAAGAUAACGAAGUAAAAAAAUAAUAAUUUU